AUGGCAUGCACAGCAUUUAAUGAUGAUGAAAUUACAGAAUAUUUCGACGCACCAGAUGAAUUGGAUCAAAAAAUCAAAACUUUAGCACAAUUUAUUCGUGUUGCAAAACAUUUUGUUGUUUAUACUGGAGCAGGUAUUUCAACAUCUGCUGGUAUCAAUGAUUUUCGUGGUCCUUCAGGUGUUUGGACUGCUCGAGCGAGAGGUAUUGUUCUACCAUCACGAACGGUUCCUAAUCCUGAACCAACAUUAACUCAUAUGGCUUGUGCAGAGUUGAUGAGAAAGAAUUAUUUGAAAUUUUUAAUUUCUCAAAAUUGUGAUGGUCUUCAUUUAAAAAGUAGCAUAUCACCGAAUAAAAUUGCUGAAUUACAUGGCAAUUCUAAUUGUGAAGCUUGUGCAAAAUGUGGAAAAAUCUAUUAUAGAGAGUCUCAUAUCAGACAAUGUGAAAAUAAAACUUGGCUUACAGGAAAUAUAUGUACAAUUUCAAAUUGUAACGGUCGUUUACGUUGUACAACGGUUUCAUUUAGUCAAUCGAUGCCUGAUAUUUGUUUGGAUAAAGCCACGAAAGAAUCGCAACUAUGUGAUUUAAGUUUAUGUAUGGGAACAUCUAUGCGAGUUUCACCUGCACGUGACCUCCCAUCGAUGAAUUUAGAAUCGGGACAAAAAAUGGUUAUUAUUAAUUUACAAAAGACACCAUAUGAUGAUCUUUGUGAAUUGAGAAUCUUUGCACAAUGUGAUGAUGUCAUGAGUAUGUUAAUGAAAGAAUUAGAUUUAACUAUUUCACCCUAUAUUGAUUUGAAAUUAUGGUUAAAUGAACAAUGGUUAGCUGAUUUUGAACAGAAUUGGGCUUUCCGAACUGCUGGUAAUACAGGUUGGUUUUCUGGCGAUAUUUAA